AUGGCUUAUAUUUAUUUAGGAACUAAAAGUGGCAAAUAUGAUGAUCAUCAUACUGAGUAUAAAGUCAGAUAUAAAUAUUCAGUUAAAGUCUCAACACACUUGAUAGAACAAUGUCCAACUUACUAUUACAUAAAGUACUCUAUUCAGUUCUAUGUUCAAGGGUAUACAAUUCAAACUAAUAAUUUUGACAUUGUUAUUUGUGAUGGUACUACAACUCACAAAAAAGGAAAAACAAAAUUUAAAUACGAAAGCAACAAACAUUAUGAUAUUCCUACCGUUGAUGUAUAUUAUUCAAUGUUGUUUUCUGAUAAACCAUUGGUUGUGUGUUUCAAUACGAAACAUUUUGGUCAACUUUUUCAUAGAUAUUCUAGACUAAAAGAUGUAAAAAAUAUUAAGGGUCGUGAUCUUGAAAAUCACACUGUGACAGGUGAUUUAUAUAAUGUUUUUCAUGAAGAGUUAAGAAAAAUUUCAAGCGCUCUAAUUUUGUAUAGUACUUUUGCCAAGAGCGCCUAUGUUAAACACAAUCCUUCAGACCUGAAAAACCAUGCUUUCAUAGGUGAUAAAAAAAAGUUUUAUUCUAUCACUUUUACUUCUAUUAAUAAUACAAUAAUGGGUAUGUUAUACACAGAUUUAUUAAUACAGAAAACUUCUGAAAACCCUUCUGGAAUAAUAAAAUUAAGUGAUAUUGAAUAUAAUAAAGGUUUAUUAUGUGAUGGAGUCGUGUGCUACUAUACGAUUGGUGAUCAUAUGCCUUUGUAUAUUGAAGUCAUUGACAAGUGCUCUAUAAUACAAUAUAUUAGAAAGGAUUUAGAUGAGUGUUUUUAUAAAGAAACUAUUGUUUAUAUGUAUUAUUCAGGUGUAGAAUUCCUGUUGGAGUACAUAUUGACGAAUAUCGAAAGCAAAGUGAGAUAUAAACUAAAUAAGAAUUCUAGAUACACUGGAAACAUUCUUGUGACUCCAACAUUGAAAGAAAACUAUAAAUUUUACAUUUACAAACACACACCCUUUCUUGGCCAUGAAAAAAAGAAUUGUGAAAUUUGGUACAACACUCACAAGAUCAUUGUUUAUUCUGAUGAUGUAGAAUCUGAUAAGCUUUCCAAUGUUGAGAAUUUAAUAUAUAAUAAAAUUGAAACAUACAGCCUUGUAAUUUCCAGCGAUUUUCAUCUUUUGAUUAAGUUUACAUCUACUAGUGGCAAGGCUUAUUAUUUACAGAGGGUUGACACUUCUGGAAAAUAUUGGAAUCAGAUUCUCAUUUCUGAUUACGAACUAAAAGAUGAUAAACUUUUUAGAUCAAAAUUAGAUGAAUUCAGUUAUGUUUUAAAAAAAUCAAUUAUGGUUCACAUUGAUGAAGAACCUGGCCAUUAUGAAAUGUAUUUAGUUGACAACACAGACAGAAUAGGCUAUGAGGGUUUUUAUCAAGAAAAAACACAUGAAUCUCAAAUAAUUGAAGUUGUCAAUGAAAAAAAUUGUAGUUUGUUCAAACAAAGCCAUUUUACUAUGCAUACACACAAUUUAUCGCAAUCAAAGAAUUCUGCUGAGUUAGAACGUAUUGGAGGUCUAAGGUUGUUUGUAACUGGGAAUCAAAAAGAUCAAAGCAUUUUGGUAUAUAAAGAAGUUAAGAUUUAUAAGAAUGUUGAUACCAAUGAAAGUAACAGGAUAUUUUUGACAUAUACACCUGGACCAGGGAGACCAUUUCAAGAAACCAACAACGAUAAUGUGUACGUGUUCUUCCAUGAUGAGGAUCCCAGGCCAUUGAUGUUAUCUUAUAAUGACAAGGCAUAUAGAGCUAGAAAUGAAAAAGAGUACGAAAGUUAUAUGUGGCCUGUCGAUAAAGCAAUUAGUUCAUCUAAUUGUCAUCAGAGGUCAAACACUAACCUAUUAAAUACUUUAAAUGAAAUUUGUUAUUAUUUGAAAAUACGUUCUUGCAGGGAAGGAUCACCCAAAUAUCCUCCUACCACAAUAUCAGAAAGAGAUCCUCAUUCCACAAUAAGCGUUACAACUGAACUUAAACCACAUUCUCAACCUCCUCCUCAACAACCUUUGCCUCCAGUUCAUCCUCCACCUCCAUCAGGACAUAUACCACCACCAUCAAAAGAAGAGAAGACUAAACAGAAACCACAUGUACUUGUUCAAAAACCCGAAGUUACAAAAUCAACCCACGAUCAUGGAAGACCAAAGGGUUAUCACACUGAUACAAGGGACAGUGAAUCCAAAGUCUCAUCUUCUUCUCCAAAAUCUACAGUCCAAGUAGAUCAAAGACAUUCUGUAACUGCACAACGAAGAGAUGACCAUAUUCAAACAUCUGAAAGUCCACGUGGAACAACUAAUUUAAUGGAAGAACUGACACCGCCUGCACCUAGACCACCAUCAUCACCAAAACUACCUGAAAGCACACCUAUGAAUCCACCUUCGCAGGGUUCUGAUCGCACCACCAAAGUUCCAGAACCCAGCUUAAGGGCUUCCGGGUCACCUCACUCUAAGGGGACUGAGGGACGUAGACUAUCAAUAGAAGAAUCAGUUACGCAUAUUUUACCAAAAAAUAUCAUAGAGAGCAGGUCUAUAACUCACUCUAAACCAUCAAAGGUUACUCAACCUGACCUUCCUAGAGCGGAGGCACGCCAAGCUACACACGAUUCAACUGCCAACGAUACCUCUGACACAAAGACAACCAUUAUCGCAUCAUCUACAACAGCCGGUGUUGUAGUAGCAGGUGGAGCCACAGGAACACUCGUGUAUUUGAAAUUCCCGUAUAUUUUCUAUCCUGCUAUAAAAGCAUUGUUAUAA